UAUAAAUAAAUUUAUGGAGUAGCCUACAAGGCUAACUUCCUUUGUUGACAUUCGCGAUGGCCCUAAAAUUAUAAAGCCCAAUAUAUAAUGUGGAAAAAACAUUGCCUUAUCCUGGCGCUUUAAGCUAUUUUAAGUUAUUCUUAAUCAACUGAUGUUCAAUGGAGUGGGAAAAGAAAUUCAAUUCGAUAUUAAACGAUACGAAGGCAAAUUUGUCGAGAGUAAAGACAAAAUAUGAACCUUCAAGUUCAAUGAAAAAUGUCACUUGGGCUCCAAAUUACAAUUCCACUCCGAUGAAGCGGAGCAUGUCAAUAUCAGAGAUUCCUCCAUUGUCUCCGAGUCUGUACCCUGUGUCAAGUCUGAACAACUCCAUACACAUGACAGAGUUCCAACCUGGUGCUAGCCAACUUAUGCAAUAUCCUUCAUCUCAGACACUGCUGGAAAAAAUUGAGCUACAGAACAAUGCCAUUGAUCACCUACGUGGCCUUAUCCAUCGAAUGGAGACAGACAGACACAACUACAAGGAACAGAUCAGAGACCUAAGAAAUGAAGUUUACCAGUUGACAGAGCGUGCAGGAGACCGACGUACGGACCCUGGAUUGGAGCGGAGAAUGGAGCAAAUACGUCGGGAGAUGCUUGGGGAGGUGCAGCUGCUGCAGUCACAGCUCCAGAUCACAUCAGCUAAAGGCAGUAACUUACAGGUCUCUGAUACACAGUUACUCUCCAUGAACAGGGAUGUUUUAGAAAUCAAACAUGCAUUUAGAGAUGAACUUGAAGGCUCAAGACGAGAUAUCGAAAUCCUACGCUCAAGAAUCACAAAGUUGGAGCUUGAGUUGGCUGGCACGAUGUCAGGAAGGAGGGAAGUAGAGCGAAGGCAGGAUAACAUGGACAGGACCCUGUGCUCCCUGACAACCACCCAGACCAAACCUCAGAUCCCGUCCUCAGCACUUGCCAUGAUGAACACAAACAGACAGCUAGAAAAACUCCAAAUCAAUACACUCAGAGCCACACUGAGUUCCUUACAGGGAAAGAUAGACAUGCUCGAACAAUCACAACCCCUGACCAGUUCAUCGAAGAUAUCACCCUCAUCAAAACCAGUCUUCUCAAAUGGAUUUUCAGCACAGUUCAAACCAGACAAUGACCUGAUAGAUGACAUAGACUUGUCCGACGGUGGUAGCUCAGAAAGCUCAGACUUCACAGAGUUUGAGCAGGACAUGCCGAAAGAUAAGAUGAGCAGGCCACUGAGAAAACAGACCCACAUCAUUGAGGAGGAAGUUGACACUGAUGACCUUGAUAUGGAUGACCUUGACCUCAGUGAUGACUUUUCCCAGAAUUCCCUCAGUGACCCUCUGGAAAAUGAGGAUCUUUCAUGACAACAGUUGCCAUAGCAACCUACUAGAAUUAUGUUUGUGCUCUCUGAAUGAAUAUUAUGUGUUUAGGCAGACCCGGAUGUUGCGUGUUUUCGUAGGCUUUUUAUUUAUAGAAAUUUUAUAAGACAUAUAAAAUUUUGUUUGAUUACUGCUCGAUAUUUUGGAUUCCUCUUAGCAAAUAUUAGUUGUUUGUAUGUAUAACAUUACUAGCUUUACAAAAGCAAGUUAAAUUUUAGCAUGUUUUAAUUUGAUGAAAAUUUGUUUUCACGUUUGUAUGUUUUGUCUUAUUUUAAAAACUGUUCACAUUGAACAGUGAAUGACAAUGAAUGCAUGUAAAGUACUUUUUUAUUCCAAUUUUCAUAAAAUUUCAGUUCAUAAAACAUCAUUAAUCUAUAAAUUAAAUUUUAAAUUACCAAAUACUUUUCACCAUGUCUUCUAGCCAAGCAGUUAUGAAAAUGUUGUGUUAUAUCACUUAAUACAGUAAUGUCUGUGUUUCUCCUUUAUUAACUAUGUGUUUUGUGUUUUGACAUCGUCUUCUGUAUGUUGUUGUUGUUGUUGUUGUUGUCAGGUCCUUUGAUUAUGUAUUUUGUUGCCAUUGGUGUUAAACGAGAAUCAUCAUGAAUACCUUCCAAAAAAUAACCAGAGGACACAUAUAAUUAUUUAUAAACUUAUUCUCAUAUGCUUAAUGCAAGUCCCAUGUAAACAUAGAAUAGAUAUUAUCAUUGUAUGCAUCCAUUUGCUUUUUUAGAAUAUUAAAAUGUAGAAAAUAGAAAUUUAUAGAUAUUAAAAUGUAGAAAAUAGAAUUUUAUAGAUACAUCUUAUAGAAUUUUAUAGAUACAUCUUAUAGAUAAUUUAUUUCCAAAGGCAUAUCUGUGAUAUACAAAGGAUCAUUGUUAGUGUGUAUAAAGGAUAUCAUUCUUAAGGGUACUUUGAUGAUAAAAUUACUGUAUUGUACUAUAAAUGAUAUAAAACUGUUAUGAUUUUAAAUUUUAAUACAAGAUGAUAGAUAUACAAAUUAAGGUAUUAUUUUUACAAUGGUGUGAAUUUCAUUAUGCCAAUUGACCUGUAUUAUUUUGAUAUCCUGUGAAAGGGCAGAUGAAAAAUAUGUAAAUAUCAUAACUGUAAAAAAAAGUUACCACUUUUGGGCUCGAAAAAAUUGCCAUAUCAGUCAUUCCAUGUCAAAUUUCAGAAAUUAAGAACAUGAACUCAAAUUGCAAUUACUUUAUCUGUAGUGUUCUGUCAGUCAUUUGUGUUGGACAUUAGUAACCAUUAAGCUAUACCCUGACAGAUGAUAUCAAAAUUGUAUGGAGUCACUUUGAAUCAAAAUUUAACAUUGCUGCCAAUGGUUGAUGAAAUGAAGAGCUUGUACAUCUGAUACUGUGUAAAAUUAAGAAAAUGCUUUAAAUACUCAAUGUGAUGUUAAAAAACCCCAAACAGUUAAUACAUGUAAGAGUGAUGUUGUUGUAUUUAACUGUUGUAACAAUGUACCCACAGCAUUAUUUUGGUAAAUAAAGAGUAAAAAUCUCA